ACAGCAGCGACGACGGCUGGGAGGUUGUGCGCUGGGGAGGCUGAGAAUGGGAUAGCGAGAGAAAGGGAGGGGAGUCAGAGACAUCAAAACAAGCCGCGGCAAAAGGCAAACUUCAAUGGUGGAGGCGCCGCGAGGAACCGUUGGUGGCCUCGCCUUCUGCCACGGGGCAGCCAACUUCAUUCUUUAGCCGUUGCACUUUGUGGAACCGAUUCUACUUCUAAGAAGCUGUGAAAGAGAGACUGUGGCCUAUAUAGUAUUCCAUUUCACUAGUGUUGAAGAACAGUGGUGACUGAAAAUGCCGCCUCCUACAAAUAUUGUGAAAGUAGCUAUAGAGUGGCCUGGUGCCUUUCCAAAAUUGAUGGAAAUUGAUCAAAAAAAGCCACUGACUGCAAUCAUAAAAGAAGUCUGUGAUGGGUGGUCUCUUGUAAACCAUGAACAUUAUGCACUGCAACAUGCUGAUGGCUCCAAUUUUUAUAUUACUGAAAAGAAUCGUAAUGAAAUUAAAAAUGGAGCAAUACUUCGACUAACAAUAUCACCGACCCAAAAUGCUCUUCAGCUCCAUGAGAGAAUUCAGUCUUCUAGUAUGGAUGCCAAGUUGGAAUCACUGAAAAAUUUAGCAAGUUACUCACGUGAUGUAACAUUUGCCCAAGAAUUUAUCAACCUAGAUGGGAUUUCACUGCUAACACAGAUGGUUGAAAGUGGCACUGAACGAUAUCAGAAAUUGCAGAAGAUAAUGAAGCCCUGCUUUGGAGAUAUGUUAUCCUAUACAUUGACAGCAUUUGUUGAGCUGAUGGAUCAUGGAAUUGUAUCUUGGGAUACUUUCUCUGUGGCUUUUAUAAAAAAGAUUGCAAGUUACGUGAGCAAGUUCCAAAAUGAUAUUGCUAUACUACAAAGAUCAUUAGCCAUUUUAGAAUCAAUGGUGCUGAAUGGUCAUGAUCUGUAUCAGAAAGUGGCACAAGAGAUAACAAUUGGGCAAUUAAUUCCACACCUACAAGGGGCUGAUCAAGAAAUUCAAACAUACACCAUUGCUGUGAUAAAUGCACUUUUCUUUAAAGCACCUGAUGACAGGAGGCAGGAAAUGGCAAAUAUUUUAGCACAGAAACAACUUCGGGGAAUCAUUUUACAACAUGUUAUCAGAGCUCAAAGGACCAUUAAUAAUGAAAUGGCACAUCAGCUUUAUGUUCUGCAAGUACUUACCUUUAACUUAUUGGAAGAUAGAAUGAUGACAAAAAUGGACCCUCAAGAUCAGGCCCAGAGGGAUAUCAUAUUUGAACUCCGAAGAAUUGCUUUUGAUGUAGAAUCUGAACCCAACAGCAGUAGUGGUAAUGUUGAGAAGCGUAAAUCCAUGUAUACCCGUGAUUACAAAAAACUUGGGUUUAUUAAUCAUGUGAACCCAGCAAUGGAUUUUACUCAGACUCCCCCAGGAAUGCUAGCCCUGGACAAUAUGCUGUACUUUGCCAAACACCAGCAGGAUGCUUAUAUCCGGAUUGUAUUGGAAAAUAGCAGCCGAGAAGAUAAGCAUGAAUGUCCAUUUGGUCGGAGUAGCAUUGAAUUAACAAAGAUGCUGUGUGAUAUCUUGAAAGUAGGAGAGUUACACUAAGAGUUAAUUCUGACU